CACCCACAAAGAUCUCUUCUUUCAUUGCCUUUUGGUCGCCUCAUCCUUCUUCUUUAUUUGCAGGUGAUCUCUGUAUUUAACUAGCAGUGUCUGGGUAUAGAUGGUCUGCAGCUUCAGCUCACACCAACAUCCACACGUUGUUGUCCGUCUGCAACACACCACCGAGAUCCAUUGCAUAGAUGUAGGAAUGGUGCAGAAUGUGACCCAAGCAGUUCUUCCUCUGUCAAGGCGCUUCCUCUUCCCUCACUUCGCGUGGCGGCGAAACUCUUCCUGCUUAUCGCAGGUCCUGCUGACACGGCUUGACAGCCCUUCUCAACUCAAUCAUGUAAACAAACGUUAUUCAAGACUAAGAAGUGACGCAACCAUGGUCUCUUUUGUGCCCGUGGUGAGGAUGAUGUCCCUCCACGCCCCUCGCGUCACCCUCAAGCCUUGUCACAGGGCCCUGGGUCCUGGCUUCUCUACUUGGCACAAGCUCCCUAUCACCCUAAACAGGGUAUCCUCACUCACAAUACUAAGAAUACACAAAAGUGAUGGAGUACUAGGUGUGCGCCACAUAGCAGAGUGGCACUCUAAACGCGAUAUCAGAGGACUCACCCAGAUGGAAUCCCUGGUGGUGACCUUGUCCCUUGGUGUCUUCUUGUUAUACUUCAUGUGGCUGCGAGAACCCAGUGACAUCGAUGAAUAUUUGAACCAACCCAUCUGGAAGCGUCUGCCAGGCAUUGACCCAGAGAAAGCUGAGCAAAUGAUGGAGGUGGACAAAUCCCUUGGUUUGCAGGUUGAUUAUACUGAGCUUGAGCAGUACAAGCAAGAAUACUAUGCUGAACAAUUUGAUAAAUUAAAUAAAGAGAAACAAGAGAGGAAGAGGCACCAAGCGCUGCUGCAGUCAGUGUCAUCCAACAGAGCAAUGUCCCACAACUCUCAAACACCAACUAAGAUUUGAGAUUAAUGUUGAAACCAACAAGAAAAUAAUCUUCAUGCAACUUCAAAGAUAGGUUAAAAAGGCCACUGCCAAAGUCCCGUUACAAUUUUCAUUAUUAUAAUUGCAGGUAACAAGCCAUCUACACUAGGCAGAACAUGUUACAUGUGGAAUGGGAUGCUGAAUUUUUCAUGUAAAAAGACUAGAAUAUAUAGGUAGAACACACACUACACUAGAUCUAGGCUGAGACAAGGAUGAUGUAAAAUGAAAUGUAAUUGGACUAGGUCACAGGACCUGAUGAAAUAGGUAUGGAAAAUAUUUAAAAAGUUCUUGGGAAAGUUUUAUAAAACAAUGCUAGUUUCUAUGUAAAUGUUGAUUUCAAGUCCCUUGCCUAUAUGUAUCUACAUAUGUAUGGUGCCUGGGACACAAGAAUCUCUUUAUUGUACAUAAUUAUAACAUGUCAAUAAAGUUUUCUCAGAAUC